UGCGGGGCGGGGGAGGCGGCGACCCGGGCAGAGCUGCCGGUAGCGACGGUGGCUCUUGCUGCUCGGCUUUGCUUUGCUACUGCUCUGCAAGGGGAAGAAACACCGGGUGUCGGUGCCCAAACCGCUCGCUGCCCACCCAAGGGAGCGCCCUGGCCAGAUGGCUAAGAGCUAGCAAGGCAUAUUCAAGACCAUGAUGGCUCAGUUUCCCACAACCAUGAAUGGUGGUCCAAACAUAUGGGCCAUCACCUCUGAAGAGCGGGCCAAGCAUGACAAGCAGUUUGAUAGUCUUAAACCCACGGGAGGCUACAUUACAGGUGAUCAAGCACGUACCUUUUUUUUGCAAUCAGGUCUACCAGCUUCAAUCCUUGCUGAAAUAUGGACACUAUCAGACCUGAACAAGGAUGGAAAAAUGGACCAACAAGAGUUCUCUAUAGCCAUGAAACUCAUCAAGCUGAAACUGCAAGGACAGCACUUGCCUGCAGUUCUCCCUCCUGUCAUGAAACAAACCCCAGUAUUUUCACCUCUAAUGUCAGCUCGCUUUGGAAUGGGUAGCAUGCCAAAUCUGUCCAUGCCAACGUCUAUGUCUACGAUCACGCCAUUAGCUCCCAUGCCUCUGACCUCCAUGACUUCCAUUCCUCCUUUGGUUAUCUCUGCUCCCCUGGUGCCUUCUGUCAGUACCUCCUCAUUGCCAAAUGGAACAUCCAGCCUUCUGCAGCCUUUGUCCGUACCUUUCUCUUCAACGCUGCCUCAUACUGGUUCUUUAGGUCCCAUGGCAGGAGGGUUUGGUGGUACUAGUAUGCAGAAGGCACAGUCACUAAUCGAUUUAGGAUCUAGCAGUUCAAAUUGCUCCUCUAGUGCUUCACUAGCUGGAAAUUCACCAAAGAUUGCAUCGUCAGAUUGGGCAGUUCCUCAGGCCUCCAGAUUAAAAUACAGACAGAAAUUUAACAGUCUUGAUAAAAGUAUGAGUGGAUAUUUAUCAGGUUUUCAAGCAAGGAAUGCCCUUCUGCAAUCAAAUCUUUCACAGACUCAGUUGGCUACUAUUUGGUCACUGGCUGAUAUUGAUGGAGAUGGACAGCUGAAAGCUGAUGAGUUUGUGUUAGCCAUGCACCUAACUGAUAUGGCCAAAGCCGGACAACCUCUGCCACUAACUCUGCCUCUUGAACUAGUACCACCUUCUUUCAGGGGUGGAAAAUAUUCUGAAAAUAUAAAUGGAACUCUGCCAUCUUACCAGCCUGUGCAAGAGGAGGAGCCACAGAAAAAACAGCCAGUGACAUUUGAGGACAAAAGGAAAGCCAACUAUGAGAGGGGAAAUAUGGAGCUGGAAAAACGCCGUCAGGUCCUGUUGGAGCAGCAGCAGAGAGAGGCUGAACGUAAGGCUCAGAAAGAAAGAGAAGAACAAGAGCGAAGAGAGAGGGAACGUCAGGAACAGGAACGGAAAAAACAACUUGAAAUGGAAAGGCAGCUGGAGAGACAACGAGAAUUGGAAAGACAAAGGGAAGAAGAAAGGAGGAAAGAAAUAGAAAGGCGGGAGGCAGCAAAGCAAGAACUUGAGCGCCAGCGACGUUUGGAAUGGGAGAGAAUCCGUCGCCAAGAACUUCUUAAUCAACGUAACAGGGAACAAGAAGAAAUUGUCAAGUUGACCUCUAAAAAGAAGAGCCUUAAUCUUGAAUUAGAAGCCCUGACGGACAAACAUCAGCAAAUCUCGGGCAGAUUGCAAGAUAUUCGAAGCAAAAAGCAAAUUCGAAAAACUGAGCUGGAGGCUUUAGAUAAGAAAUAUGACCAAGGAAUCAUGGAAGUUAAGCAACUGCAACAACAGCUUCAGGAGUAUCAGAAUAAACUAACUUACUUAGUUCCUGAAAAGCAAUUGUUAAGUGAAAGAAUUAAAAAUGCUGAACUUGAAAACACUCCAAGUACAGGAAUCAGUUCAGUGCACAAAAAGUCCCUAGAAAAGGAAGAAUUAUGCCAAAGACUUAAGGAACAACUAGAUGCCCUCGAGAAAGAAACUGCUUCUAAACUUGCCGAAAUGGAUGCAUUUAACAGUCAGCUUAAGGACCUGAGAGAAAGCUACAGUACACAGCAGUUAGCCUUGGAGCAGCUCCACAGGAUCAAACACGACAAAAUAAGAGAGGUAGAAAAAAGAAGAGCUGAACUGGCACAGAAAAAGCGACUGGAAGAUGAGGCUGCAAGAAAAGCAAAACGGGAGAAGGAGAACCGAUGGCAGGAAAAUAUACGAAGGGAAGAGGAAGAGAAAAAGAAGCGACUGGAAGAAGAACGAAUGCAGGAAAAAGCUCAAGAAAAGCUGAAAGCUGAAGAAGCAGCUGCUCUGAUGAGAGAAAGGGAAAAUAAACAGCUUCGUGCAGAAGAGGAGAAAAAUAGGCAAGCCACUAUCUUGAGGGAGACAGAACAACAAAGGCAGAGGCAACUGGAAGAAGACAAAAGAAAGCAAGAACAAAUUGCAAAAGAAGCUGAGGAGAGGCGUAAGCAGAACGAAGAAAUAAAGAAGAUAAAAGAAAAGACCAACUCUCAAGAGGUGGAGAAACGCAUUUCUAAAUUAAACAUAAAUGAGAAGUUUGCAGAUCUGUUGAAACCAUCAGAGGGUAAAAGUCUUAAGCCACCCUGGAAAAAUGAAGGCAAUGCAGUUAGCAUCUCAGAGUCUAGGAAUUCAGUUGCCUUGGUAAAUUACAGAGCUUUAUACCCAUUUGAAGCAAGGAAUCAUGACGAGAUGAGCUUUAAUACCGGGGAUAUAAUUCAGGUUGAUGAAAAAACCGUGGGAGAGCCUGGUUGGCUUUAUGGGAGUUUUCAAGGACAUUUUGGUUGGUUUCCGUGCAAUUAUGUAGAAAAAAUACCAGAAGGAGAAAAACCUUUAUCUCCUAAGAAGGCCUUACUUCCUCCUACAGUAUCUUUAUCUACUACCUCAGCUACUUCAGAACCACUUUCACCAAGUAAAGCUGCGGAAGGAUCUGAUUACCAAAACAUACCUUUUUCUAGCCUGAAUGUUAACACAGCAUGGCAGCAGAAAUCAGCUUUUACUCGCACUGUGUCCCCUGGAUCUGUUUCGCCCAUUCAUGGACAGGGGCAACCUGUCGAGAACUUAAAAGCACAAGCACUUUGCUCUUGGACUGCAAAAAAAGAUAACCACUUGAAUUUUUCAAAAAAUGAUAUCAUUACUGUCCUGGAGCAGCAGGAAAACUGGUGGUUUGGAGAGGUACACGGAGGAAGGGGUUGGUUUCCAAAAUCUUAUGUCAAGCUGUUACCUGGGAGUGAAAUCAAGAAAGAAGAACCAGAACCUAUUUAUGCAGCUGUAAACAAAAAGCCUAACACACAGUCUUAUGCAGCAGGAGAGGAGUAUGUUGCGCUCUAUUCGUAUUCAAGCUCUGAGCCUGGUGACUUGACUUUCACGGAAGGUGAGGAAAUCCUAGUGACCCAGAAGGAAGGGGAAUGGUGGACCGGGAGCAUUGAUGGCAGAACUGGAAUCUUCCCCUCCAAUUAUGUCAGACCAAAGGAUCAAGAAGCUUCUACUAAUGCUGGCAAAACUGGAACGAUAAAUAAGAAACCUGAAAUUGCUCAGGUUACUACUGCCUAUGCUGCAUCGGGAACUGAACAGCUUAGUCUUGCUCCAGGACAGCUAAUACUUAUUCUGAAGAAAAAUGCUAGUGGAUGGUGGCAAGGAGAGCUGCAGGCCAGAGGGAAAAAGAGACAGAAAGGAUGGUUCCCUGCCAGCCAUGUGAAAUUACUGGGUCCAAGCAGUGAAAGAACCACAUCUGCUGCUCCCUCAGUGUGUCAAGUGAUAGCGAUGUAUGAUUACAUGGCAAACAAUGAAGAUGAGCUCAGUUUCUCCAAAGGGCAGCUUAUUAAUGUGCUGAGCAAAGAUGAUGCUGACUGGUGGCAAGGAGAAAUCAAUGGUGUGACAGGUCUCUUCCCCUCAAACUAUGUGAAGAUGACCACGGACUCUGAUCCAAGUCAGCAGUGGUGUGCUGAUCUCCAGAGCCUUGACACUAUGCAACCGAUGGAAAGGAAGAGGCAGGGCUACAUUCAUGAACUCAUUCAGACGGAAGAGAGGUACAUGGACGAUCUUCAGCUCGUCUUAGAGGUUUUCCAAAAACCAAUGGCUGAUUCAGGCUGUCUCACAGAAGGAGAAAUGGGGCUGAUCUUUGUUAACUGGAAGGAACUCAUCAUGUCAAAUACAAAGUUACUGAAAGCCUUGCGAGUGCGUAAGAAAACAGGAGGAGAAAAAAUGCCAGUGCAGAUGAUUGGGGACAUCUUAGCAGCAGAGCUCUCUCACAUGCAGGCCUACAUUCGGUUCUGCAGCUGCCAGCUUAAUGGAGCUUCGUUGCUGCAGCAGAAAACUGAUGAAGAUGCUGAUUUCAAAGACUACUUAAAGAAACUCGCCUUGGACCCUCGCUGCAAAGGAAUGCCUCUCUCCAGUUUCCUCCUGAAACCUAUGCAAAGAAUAACCCGCUACCCUCUGCUUAUAAAGAGUAUUCUAGAGAACACUCCAGAAAAUCACCCCGAUCACAGUAACCUCAAGCUUGCCUUGGAGCGUGCGGAGGAGCUGUGCUCUCAAGUUAACGAAGGGGUGCGCGAGAAAGAGAACUCGGACAGGCUGGAAUGGAUUCAGUCCCACGUCCAGUGCGAAGGCCUUGCUGAGCAACCGGUGUUCAACUCCCUCACAAACUGCUUGGGACCACGGAAGCUCCUGCACAGUGGCAAGCUGUACAAGGCCAAGAGCAGUAAGGAGCUGUACGGCUUCCUUUUCAAUGACUUCCUCCUGCUCACCUACAUGGUUAAACAGUUUGUCUCUUCCGGCUCCGAUAAACUGUUCAGCCCCAAAUCCAACUCCCAGUUCAAAAUGUACAAAAUGCCUGUUUUCCUUAAUGAAGUCCUAGUGAAAUUGCCCACAGAUCCUUCAAGUGAUGAGCCAGUUUUCCACAUAUCACACAUUGACAGAGUUUACACGCUUAAAACGGACAACAUUAAUGAGCGCACUGCCUGGGUCCAGAAAAUCAAAGCAGCAUCAGAGCAGUACAUCGAAACUGAGAAGAAGAAACGUGAAAAGGCGUAUCAAGCUCGUUCACAGAAGACCUCAGGAAUAGGACGUUUGAUGGUGCAUGUGAUUGAAGCAACAGAGCUAAAGGCCUGUAAGCCCAAUGGGAAGAGCAACCCGUAUUGUGAAAUCAGCAUGGGCUCUCAGAGCUACACUACGAGGACCCUGCAGGACACCUUGAACCCCAAGUGGAACUUCAACUGCCAGUUCUUCAUUAAGGAUCUCUAUCAGGACGUCCUGUGUAUCACCAUGUUUGACAGAGACCAGUUCUCACCCGAUGAUUUUUUGGGUCGCACUGAAGUUCCAGUAGCAAAAAUCAGAACAGAACAAGAAAGCAAAGGCCCCACGACUAAACACUUACUGCUGCAUGAAGUUCCAACAGGUGAAGUCUGGGUCCGUUUUGACCUGCAGCUCUUUGAUCAGAAAACGCUCCUCUAAGAACACUUCUUUAAUUUAUGAAGGACAACUGAAGCUGACAGCCUGAACAUUUUUUGGUAAAAGAUUCCUUGCCCCAUGCUGGUUAUUAAGCAAAAGUUCCUGCUGCUUCCAUAUUUCCUCUUAGUUACUGGUUGCGUGUAGUUCCUUGCAGCAUUCAAAGUUGUUGUUGAUCUAUGCAAACACAAAGGUUACUGUAGAUACAGUCCUAUAGCUCAGUGCCUUUUUAUUAUGUUGGAAUAGCUUGGGUUUGGAUGCCAAUGUUUCCAUUUUCAGGGCCAUAAAAAGUAUUAAGUAGAAAUGUGGCAUCGAGAAGUAUGUAUGUUUUACCACUUAGUCUAACAUACAGACUGAGGAAUGGUUUAGCUCAGCACUAGAAUCAUUCCAUUUGUAAUCUGAAAAGUGAUAUCCACUGGAAUCUUCCCGUCUCAGGAUGAUAGUUUUAAAGAUUAAAUGCUGAAGAAGCCUUAGCACUGGAGAAGUCUCAGAUAUAUUGUAUAAGAAUCAAGUGUAGUUCUUUACUUGACUUAGUUCUGCACUGAAAUCGGUAACUGCUACUUGAUUUUUCUUCCUGCUUCAGAUCGAUUCCUCAUUCUCUGCUGAGACAAUGUGGUUGUGAAGAAUAACUAGAAAAAAAUAUUUUAAAUACUGUGACCCACGAUAAUGUGGAAAAAUACUAUUCAGCUUUUGUUUUUUUCCUAAAUGUAAGUUAUUUGUGUACAUUUCCUUGGUCUUGCAGACCUCCAUGUGAAUCUUGAAGCUUUGACAUUGCCAACAUGUAUAUAGAGAGUAAAAUAUAAGUUUAUUAAUGUAAUUUGUCUACAGAUGUUUAUUGAUGCAUAGUGAUUUUUUUAAAAGGAUAUUUUAUUGUACAGGGGAAUGUGAAAUAAUGAGGAAAAACUUAUAGGAUUACAUUCAAGAAAAGUUUAUUACAAGUUUAAAAGGUUUGCUGUGGGGGAACUGUCACCCCGACACGAAUCUGUAAAAUGAGAUUGGUUGAAAGAAAAGACUUUUCUCUUGGCACCAAAAUCAGGGAUGGUUU